CGUCGAUGUACUGGCUGCACGGAAGACAUAAGCCGGGCCAAAGUGGCACGCUCGCACUGUUCGCAUAAAUACUGCUCAUCUUGCCUAGAACGCUACUUCAAGUCCUCACUAACAGAAGGGGGCCGGUUUCCUCCAAGAUGCUGCGGACGGCCCUAUGACAUAGCCGCUGUGGGCAAGCACCUCACACCUGAGACCCUCCGGCAGUACGAGAAGAAAAAGGUUGAGUUCGAGACUCCGAACAAAGUAUACUGCUCGCGUGGACGGUGUUCUGCCUUCAUCCCCUCAACAUGGAUCGCCAACAACACGGCAAAUUGUCCCAACUGUGGCCACCAGACGUGUGCUGUCUGCAAGGAACCGUUUCACACGGGAUUUUGCUCACAAAACACCGACUACAACCGACAGAUGAGCGCCGCGAGGAAAUACGGAUGGCAAACAUGUCCUCACUGUAGGCGACUCGUGGAGCGUCAUUCCGGAUGCCAACAUGUGGCGUGCCUUUGUGGCGUCGACUUCUGCUACUUCUGUGGUAGGGUUUGGAGGACCUGCGGGUGU